UAGUGCGUCUGAUCUACCCUGGAGAGGAUUCCUUCUAUACUGGGCAGAGGGUACGCAUCCUUAAUAGUCGAGGCGUUCAACUUCGGGCAUCCACGCAGAACCGGUCUUUCCCUGGCUUCGACACCUCUGUUGUGCGAUUGCUCCACGGGCUUUUGCUCUCCUCGAUAACACCCAGCUCCAACAUCUUGUCGAUUUCGUCUUCGACCACCUUCUGCUUCACCGGAGACAUCGAAUACGGACGAUCCUUAAAGACACGAGCUCCUUCCGUCAGCUCAAUAGAAUGCCUCUUCAUGCUGGUGACUCCGAGGCCGUCCCUUUAAAAGGUAAGGAACUCCUCCUUGACCUUGCCUAACGCCAGCUUUUCCUCCGCAGAAAGGGUCCAGGAUUCGGGUUCCUCCCUUACCUCGUCUUCAUCUUCCUGGUCGGCAUAGUGCUCCAUCUGGCUGGCAUGGAUUACCUGCGCUGCCUUGACGCCUCUCGUUGCCGGCUUCCCCACGUCGGCUGGAGCUAGUCCGAAGGUCGCCAGAAGUCGACCCCGAAGUACGCAGUUUGGUCCAGGUAUGGACACAGGUAGAACGUGACUGGCUUUGUACCUCCCAGGCAGCUCCAAGCGUCCGAUGAUGGAUCGAUCCUCACCAGAAGCUGUCCGGACUACCGAAAAAUACGGUUGGACGGUAUCUUCUAGCGUUUCCACGAGCUCUCGACAGCCUUUGGCGAAGGGUCUAGGAUCGGCGGAAUCUAUGUGUUUAACGGCCGCCACCACCUCUCGUCGUCUGGAUCUCCUCAUCCUGAAGCACUCCCUUGCCUUCUGGACUCUCCGUGAGACCAGACGCAUGCCGCUCAGCUGAUGCUCCGCAAAGAUCCGGUUCCGUGCCUCCAUAUAACGGCGAAGCCUCUCAUCCUCCGCCAGUCCCUCCCGCUUUUGGACUACCCAGCCGACCGUUUUCCGCGCAAUCGGGACAUUUCGGAGAAAUCACGCCCAGCUUGCCGCAUCGUUGGCCAUCGUCCUCGCCGCCGAAGGAGAGGUUCCAGCGGUCCACUCGGAUCUAGCGGUUUCCGUUGCCGGCCCCCGCGUUGGCGUACAACCGCGGCUCGUCACGAAAAUCCGCCGCCCUUCGGUCCUCGAUGCGCCACGGCCGUGCGUGGCGAUCACUCCUUCCUGCCGGAUGAUACUCCGGUUCCUGGCUCAGGCUGCUGUCGAUCCCUGGAGAGUCGUUCACCUGCGGUCGAGGUCGCUGCCUGGGUUUCAAUUCCGGCGGCCUUCGGUAGCCUCCUCCUGUCUCCUGCCGCUGCUGAACUUCCGCUGGACCAUUUGCGCCGCCUUCCGGGCACGACGGAGUGGGCACCAUUGACACUUGGCGAAUCGCGCCCUCCUGGAGCGGCUGCGGUUUGCUUUCGGCUGUCCUAAGAACAUCGUUCUUCAAUUUCAUCAUGUCCAUGAAUCCGUUCUUGAUUUUCUCCCGCAAGGCCUGGCUCACUCCCAACUCUUGCGAUGCCCGAUAUGUAUGGGCCGCUUGUGCCAGAGCUGCGUUCAUCGCAGACUCCGCCGCUGUAUCCGUGUUCCGUGUUCAGCUUUUGUAGUCCCGUCUGCUCCGGAACCAGAAGUCGAUCCUGCGCCUCGACAAUUGCCUUGAAAUCCAGGACCCUGGGCGACCGAUGGUGCUCCAGAUCCGCCGGUUGAUCCCUAAUCCGAUCCACCGCACUACCGGCUACCGGCGUUCUGGGUAAACCCCCAGACAGCGAUAUCCGCGGCAACCCAGCAGCACCCUCUACAUCCGUGGACCAGACAUCGUCCUUGUCGUCGCCAGGGGGACCCAUCGACCUGAGCUGGUGGCCGUGCCAAUCGCUGACGUCCUUACCCUCGGACAUACUUCCCAAGAAUUUUUAAAUAAAUACUUAAUGACUACUAAUACUAUAAUAAAU